GUCAUUUAUUCUGAGGGAAAGUAAAGGCGCCAAUAAAUUGUGAGCAGUGGUGGUCGAUAAGUCCUGAAAAAAGGACACCGAGAGGGGGGGGCGAGAUAGACAAGGCGGUCUGGAAAACAUCUGAGAUACUCCACUACAGAGCAUGCAGGCUAAUUCUGUCAUUUUAUGCAUGUGUGUACAUCACAUGCCAGUGGCAGCCCGUCUCAGAUUUAAGUCCGAACAUUAUAGAUGCUCAAACCAAAUCCAGCAGGGGCUUUGACUUUCUAUCAAUCUAUACAAACUGAAAUCAUCUAUAAAUGAAUGAUGGUAGUUCAACAUCACCACUUGCAUGACAUCUUGUCACUUCAAUGUCAUUUCUAUCCAUACUGUUUUGUUUUCUCUGUCCAUUUGAGGCAGGGAAACAAAGGCAGUGCUGGCAGUAGUAACAGGCUAAUAUUGGCUACAGAGGGCAGCUGACCGGCUGCCUCCUGUAUAUUUAGCUCAGGGCCAAUACAUGGGAGAGGUGUAACAGACAUUGGCUGGCAUUCACUUCUCCUAAAGGCGUGGAUCUAGUGUGUGUGUGUGAGAGAGAGAGAGUGGCAGGGAGAGAGAGGAGUAGUGCGGGACUGCCUCAGAUCACUCCUCGGUGCUAUUGGAGGUAGACGGCAGCCGGCAGCAUGAUUCUGUUCUCGCUUGGACUAUAUUUUCAACUCUUCUGCUAUGUGUCGUCAUUCUCUUACGUGGAUAACAUAUUCCCUCUUCCAACUGCUUUCCAGUUGCUGGAAACCAGAAAGAAAUUCAACCCCUGCUGUUUACUGAGUCCACCGCCGCCGCCUCUCUUCCCUCCCCCUUCACUGUGGCGGCAGGAGUCUCUGACUGAGACUGGUGUUACACCAAAUGUGGGGAACUCAGAAGAGAAGCACAAUCCCACAACCCACACAUGUUCCCCAGGGCCUCCUGGACCAGCAGGACCUCCUGGCCCUCAGGGUCCUGCUGGACUGCCGGGACCAAAGGGACCAAAGGGAGAUAAGGGUGAAAUUGGAAGACCUGGACAAAAGGGACGCACUGGCCCUCCUGGUCUUCCAGGGCGACAGGGACCAAGUGGAUGGCAAGGACCAACUGGGCCUAAAGGGGAGAAAGGUGACCAUGGGCUGAUGGGCAUGCCAGGGGCAAGAGGACCAACUGGACCCAAGGGCUUUCCUGGACAUAAGGGAGAAAAAGGGUCACAAGGUUUCAGAGGAGAAAUUGGCUUAAAAGGUGACAAGGGAUCAAUUGGUCUUCCUGGAAUGCUUGGCCAAAAGGGUGAAAUGGGCCCAAAAGGAGAACCUGGAAGCUCAGGGAACAGGGGACCCACUGGCCGCCCAGGAAAAAGAGGAAAGCAGGGCUCAAAAGGUGACAGUGGUGCAAUUGGACCCAUAGGACCUGCAGGCCCUCAGGGGGCCCCUGGUCACCCUGGUCCUCCUGGUUUGCCCGCCUCAGGACUGUACAUGGUAGGACAGAAAGGAGACAAGGGACAGCCUGGCAUCCCAGGCCGCUGCGGGUGCAAUGCCCCCUCGAGUGUCAACCCCUCCUUUGACCAGCACUUGCACCGGGGCAUCUAUCCCAGAGUGCCAGCGAUAUUUGUGGUGAAUAAUGAACAGGAGUUGAACCGCCUUCAGACCGAUAACGCUUUGGCGUUCCGUAAAGAUCAGAGGGCGCUUUACUUCAAAGACAUUAAUGGCUGGAUGCCAAUACAGUUAACACCCUUCCAGUCGAUGGAGCGUGAUCCUGACCAGGAGGGUUUCUGCGGAGACAGCAUUGUGCAAGCUGAGAACGGAGAGGAGUGUGAUGACGGAAAUAAGGUGGUCACAGAUGGCUGUGUCAAGUGCAAACUUGCAUAUUGUGGGGAUGGAUAUCGCUAUGAAGAGGCAGAGGAGUGUGAUGGAAAAGAUUUUGGCUUUCACACAUGCAGAUCCUUUUUGCCUGGAUCUUAUGGACAUCUCAAAUGCACAUCUGACUGUUUCAUUGACUCAACAAACUGCAAGUAUUUCACAUGAGGACACCAGAAAGUAGCGUCUCAUUUCAGCUGGCGAGAUCCGUAUAAACAACGACACUGAACACCGUAGAUUCAGCAGAUAAAAGAGUAGAAAUCAUUGAGGGAAUUAUCACAAACACAUUAGCUGAACUCUUUCUUGACAUGAUGCUCUGAAGCCAUGUAGCUCACUCGGGAAAGGAGCGCUUGGCAAAGCCACGGUUCUGCUCGCGCUCUUAAGAACUCUAACAGGACUUCAGACGUCAUUCUCCGUUCAUGCUGCCUGCUGCUCAGCCCUGGCUCGACAUUUGGCCAGUGUGGUUGGCAAGAAGAAUCGGGCGAGUUGGGUGUCUCUUGGAGAUGGGUAAAAGACUCCUCAAUACCUCAAAGUACUGUAGUACUGUUUCAGAGGAAAGACAUUUUCUCCUGGUCCACACCACCUUCCCUCACACGGGGUGCUCUGUAUGUGGAAUGCAAUGUGACAUUGUUACUAUAGUAUUUUGCAUGAGGCUGAGAUUGCAGUAGACGCGUCAGCAGAAAUUAUUACCGAGGCAUGUAACUGAGAAAAAGCUAAAGUGGCUCAUAUCUUUAAAUGUAAUAUUAUGCAGGCUUAGACCAAACUGGUGCUUAGCCUUGGAAGAAACGUAAUAAUUUAACUGUAAUAAUCUUAACACUGAUGUACAUUAGGGUCAGUACAGCUUUGCAUACUGGGUCCAAAAUUAACUUGCCAUACAGCUCAAUAGCGGGUAAAUUGAAGGGGGGAAAAAAUAAGGUAUUUAAGGCUCAAGACAAAAAAAAAAAAAAAAAAACUGAAAAUGCCUUUUAAAAAGACAUAUUUGACUAUAAGCCAAAUUACUUUUUAAUUGAUUAGUGUCAGAAUCGCUUGAUAAAGAUGGUUGUUCAGAAGGGAUUCAGUCCUUUGCAUGCAUCCUACUUUGGCUUUCAGUACACAGUUCGAUUGAGUUCGAACAUCACGAAAAAACAAUUCACGGUUCAGUGAGGGAGUCACUUGUAACAUCUCUCAAUGAUUCACUGACUUAGUCCCUGAGCAAAUUCAAGGCUGUGUCAUAAAUUCUUUUGAAGAACUCAGUAAAAAGAACUGGUCCAUAUGGCAUUGUUGGGGGCGAAUCCCAACCCCCCAGUGUUUUUGCGCCCUUGAAAGGCACUGUGGGAACUUUACAAUAAGGUCUCAUUUGUUAACAUUAGUUAAUGCGUUAGUUAACAUAAACUAAUUUUGAGCAGUAUAUUUUUACAGAAUUUAUUCAUUUGUUCUUGAAUCGAACAUCACAGAUCACACUGUUUAAGAAACACUGACUUGCACUCUUAUGAGAUCGAAAUGAUAUCUGACGAAAUCAAAUAUUAAAUCAUAUCAACUAGACUUUAAAUUAUUGUUGAAAAAAGGUACGUUUUUGUAGCAUUUGCGACCAUUUACUCACCCUUAAUGCAAAACACUACCUCUCAUAAACCAUUUAUACACUCAUUUUAGUGGUUUUUUUUGCAGUUUCAACCAUUGGUGCAGUGACUCAAAUGGCCAGUAAAUCCAUUUGCUUUCUCACCAAAAUCACAUUUUACUUCCGUUUGGUGUAUGGCAGGUGUUAUUUUUGGACCCUGACCAUAGAAGUGUUUUCACAGACAAUUUAAUGUAAAAAAUAAAUAAAUAAAUAAAUAAUAAGGAAAAGGGAGAAAAAAAAAAAAGUCACAUAGAUGUACUUUAAGUAACCACAAUAAUACUACUGAUUGAAUACUUUGCUACAGAUGUUUAAGGAUAGAAGACCCUCCUUUCCAAGCUCUCAGUAUGUCUUGCUGGGUCACACUUAGUCUAACAUUUCCAUCAUAUCUCAGGAAACCACUUAAAGAUAUCCACAACCUUUCCACCUCCAUGUGUGGAGUAGGGCGCAAAUAUUCCACAGUUUAGCCUAGUUCCACACUGUUGUCUUGUGCUUCAAGAGCUUGCAGUCUUGAAGUAAAGCAAAUACGGUUUAUUUAUUUGGGUUAUGGGUCUGAAGAUCUUAAAUACUCAAUCUCAUGAGAAAACAUUACUAUUUUAUGAGGUGGCGAUUUUGGAGAAAUUCAUAUGAUGCGAUUUGUACGAAAACGUACCAUUGUUAAAAAGUAAGCAUGAAACUUCACUCCUAACCCCCAUAACGUUAACGGAGCGUAAACGGAUCCUACGAAAAUGUACAAAUGGGAUUGUACAUAGUUCAUACGAAUUAGCUACCAAUUUGCCAAAAUUGUAAAAUAGUUAUGAAUUGCCAUGAGAUUAUGUUGGGAAAACCAUACAGUAUGUGAAGGCUCUACAGCUGUUAUUGAACAUUUUGUACUGUCUGCUAUUGCAGGGGUAGCAUUUUGCUGCUAUUCAGGCUAAAGACUGUUGGAUUAAGGCUGGACUGUUUAUGUCGUCCCAACGACUUUAAAUUGAUUUAUACCCAGUGCCAAAGUCCAGUCUGAAUAUACCUCAGCAUAUACGGUUUGCUUUAGCCUUUGUGAUUACAGGACCUGAGAUGUAGCAUACAGCACUUACUUACUGUUAUAUUCAGUGAAACUUUGCUUAAGUACCUUUGAGUUACAUUACUUUUUUUGAUCAACUGUAAGCCAGUUUUCCAUAAGCUAUUUGAUGCAUUUGCUACAGGAACCUCUUUGCUUACAUUUCUGGGGUGAUAUUCCUGACUUAUCUUUAGAUUUCAUGUAAAAUAUUAUGGAUAUAAUAUGGAAAUAAGUGUCUUGAAUGUGUUAUUCUGCAUGUUCAUUGUAUACUCUUGUUAAAAAGAGCAAGAUUGCCACAUUUCAAUACAUUGAUGGCCUACAACGUGGAGGCGUUUUUGAAGUUAAAGUGCAUUUAGCUUGUAACUGACUGUUAUCCUCAUACUGUAUUUGUACAAACUGAGGAAAGAUGUUAUCAAAUAUUGCACAACAAAUAUACAAAAGAGACUGAAUGUUUUGUCCUAGUGUAAUUUGAAAGAUGUUCUCAAUAUUAAAACAUGUUUGAUACUGUCCUGUAAUGAUGUUAAAAUAAAGCUUGAAAAGCUAA